AUGGGACAAGAUAGAGCCCUUGAGAGAUUUCAAAAGUUUUCUCCUCCUAAGUUCCUGGGAGGAUCGGACCCUGAGGGAGCCGAGAGGUGGUUAGAGACCAUGAUCAAUAUCUUUGCUACCUUAAACUAUACGGAAGAUAGGCAGGUGCAUUUCGCUGUAAUUCAAUUUGAAGAACCAGCUAGGGCCUGGUGGAACGUGAUUCAGGCUAAAUGGGAGAGAGAGGGAACUGUCUGGACCUGGUUAAAUUUUGUAUGGGAGUUUAACGAGAAAUAUCUGCCCCCGAUAGUUCAGGAGAAGAGGGAGGACGAUUUUAUUAAGCUUCGUCAAGGACCUCUGAGUGUAUCUGAGUAUGAGAAUCAGUUCACGAAAUUAUCUAAGUUUGCUCCCGAAUUGAUAUCUACGGAGCAAAGGAAGGGACAAGGUGAUCUAGAUAUGCCACCCUCUAAGAUGAGUCGAGGGGAUGGUGGUAGGCAAAUUUCGGGGACAUCUAUGGAAAUUACUGCAAGCGGAGCCUCGAGUGGAACGGGACAAGCAAGAGGUGCCUCACAAGGAAGUCAGACCUCAGCCCCUCGAGUAUCUUGCGGGUACUGUGGGAAGACCAAUCAUACUGAAGAUGAUUGUUGGCGAAAGGCACGAAAAUGUUUAUGGUGUGGUAGUGGCGAGCACCAACUUGCAACUUGCCCCUGUAGGUCACACCUAAACCUCGAACAAGCAAAUGUAGGAGGAACUAAACCAAGGGUGCCAACUAGAGUGUACGCCUUGGACCAAUAG